AUGGGUGUGCAGUUUAUACUGUGUUUUAAUAAGCAAGGUGUUGUGCGAUUGGUGAGAUGGUUUGACGUGCGUAGUUCGGAUCCUCAACGUAGCCAGGAUGCUAUUGCACAGAUCUACAGACUUAUAUCUUCCAGAGACCAUAAGCAUCAAAGCAACUUCGUAGAAUUUUCUGAUUCAACAAAACUUGUAUACAGGAGGUACGCGGGUCUAUAUUUCGUCAUGGGCGUGGAUUUGCUCGAUGAUGAGCCAAUUUAUUUGUGCCACAUCCAUUUGUUUGUGGAAGUGCUAGAUGCAUUUUUCGGCAAUGUAUGUGAAUUGGAUAUUGUAUUCAAUUUUUACAAGGUCUAUAUGAUAAUGGAUGAAAUGUUUAUUGGAGGGGAAAUACAAGAAAUUUCGAAAGAUAUGCUGUUAGAAAGGCUAAGUAUUUUAGAUAGACUAGAUUAG